AUGGCACUCAAAAACUUACUUUGUACUUUGCUCCUCCCACUCCUUAUUUCACCCUCUCUUGCUCUCAAGCCUCCUCAUUCCCAAUGGCAGACACUGCCAAACAUCACUGUGGCCCCCCGGCAGGAACACGCAACCAUCUACCUCCCACCCGAUGGCAUCGUAAUCCUGGGGGGCAUCGUUCCGAACAACAGUCUCACACCAAUCCCCUUUUUUAGCACAACCCUGGUCCAGAUCUACUCUAUCAAGCGCAACACCUGGCGCACCGUGGCCCCUCUCCCAAAGCGGCUCAACCACGUCAACGCCGCAGCCGUGGAUGGUAAGAUCUACGUGUUUGGGGGGCUGGACGACGGUGGCGAGGAGCAGAAAAUCCUACGAGCUGUCCCAGACUCGUGGGUGUACGACACCCACGCAGACACCUGGUCUCCCCUCCCACCCCUGCCGGAAGCGAGGGGCAUGGCGGGUCUGGGCGUGUUCGAGGGCAAGAUCUUUGUCGCCGGCGGGUUCACAGCCUUGGGCUUGGCGGGAGGAGGCCCUCACGAAUCCGUCGAUCCUGUUUCCGUCUUCGACACGGCCACUCUGAAAUGGCUCCCGGAUUUUCUUCCCCAAAAGGCGAGAGCUCUCCCACAGAAACGCGAUCAUGCUGCAACUGCUGUCAUAGAUGACAAGAUGUACGUCAUCGGCGGAUUCGACCACGGAGCGGCCCACCGCAGGGACACGGUGUUCAUUCUGAACUUUAGAGAUCUCGAGGCUGGCUGGAAGACUAGCAAGGCAACUAUGCCGACCCCAAGGGGCGGGAUGGCUUCUGGAGUUGUGGGCAAGAAGAUCUACACCUUGGGUGGAGAGGGAAACCCGGAUGCUGAGAGCGGGGUGUUUAACCAGGUCGAAGUGUACGAUACCCUCUCCAACACCUGGACUCAGCUGGAACCGAUGAAGAUUCCCAAGCACAGCUCUCCUGGCACCGGCGUGGGUGGGAAGGUGUAUAUUCCGGGUGGUGGACUGGUGGCGGGAGCGGACCCUCAGAGCCUGUUUGAAGCCUACGUCCCUGGAUGUGAUCGUGGAUGGUAG